UUUGGAUAAGAAUCAAAAAAGAGAAUUGUCCUGAUUUUGAACAUAUAUACUAGCUAGUUACCUGCAAAUUAAGCAUCCCACAACAUUUGUCUAUCGGUCAUGUCUCGCUGGAUUAAACCCGAGGUAUAUCCUCUAAUGGCUGCAAUGACAUUUGUGACUAGCUUGUGUGCUUUUCAGCUUACUAGAAACUUAUUCCUAAAUCCUGAUGUCAGAAUCAAUAAAGUCCAUCGAACCACUCCUGUGCUAGAGAACCACGAGGAAGGAGAAAAAUAUGCUGAGCACAAGUUGAGAAAGUUCCUCCGAACAAAGUCGCCGGAGGUCAUGCCGACCAUCAAUCACUUCUUCUCCGACGACAAUAACUAAACGAAUAAAAAUGGGUCUUAUUGGUUGAUUGUUAUGCUAGUUCUCCUUAAAUAAAUAAAAAUAAAAAAUAAAAAUAAUUAACUGCUAUAUUA